CUCAGGCAAUCCAUCAAACACUUGAGCUACAUAAAUUCCCAAAACGCAGCUUUUGAGCCUCAAAGUUCUGCUCUCCAAUGGCGACUUCUGCUAUUCAAGCCUCAGCCUUCGCCGGCCAAACUGCUCUCAAACAGCCUAAUGAGCUCCUUCGGAAGGUUGGCUCCGUCGGCAAUGGCGGCCGCAUCACCAUGCGCCGCACUGUUAAGAGUGUUCCCCAGAGCAUCUGGUACGGCCCAGAUAGACCCAAGUACUUGGGCCCAUUCUCUGAGCAAACGCCCUCUUAUCUGACCGGAGAGUUCCCCGGCGACUAUGGCUGGGACACCGCCGGACUCUCCGCCGAUCCAGAAACUUUCGCCAAGAACCGGGAGCUGGAGGUGAUCCACAGUAGAUGGGCCAUGCUCGGCGCGCUGGGCUGCGUCUUCCCCGAGCUCCUCGCUAGAAACGGGGUGAAGUUCGGAGAGGCCGUUUGGUUCAAGGCCGGGGCCCAAAUCUUCUCAGAGGGAGGCCUGGAUUACCUCGGCAACCCAAACCUGAUCCACGCCCAAAGCAUUCUCGCCAUCUGGGCCUCACAAGUCAUUCUCAUGGGCUUUGUUGAGGGAUAUCGUGUUGGAGGCGGCCCGCUUGGCGAAGGCCUCGAUAAGAUUUAUCCUGGCGGGGCCUUUGACCCAUUGGGCCUUGCCGAUGACCCAGAGGCCUUUGCGGAGCUCAAAGUGAAGGAACUGAAGAACGGGCGUCUGGCUAUGUUUUCCAUGUUCGGGUUUUUCGUUCAGGCUAUUGUGACAGGUAAAGGACCCAUUGAGAACCUGUAUGACCACCUGGCUGACCCAGCUGCCAAUAAUGCUUGGGCUUAUGCCACCAACUUUGUGCCUGGGAAAUGAGUGUAGUUCUUUAAUUUGUUCUGAUGUUUCAGCUUUGAUAUGAUGGAAUGAGAACAAUUCCUUCUUUCUAUGUUCUUUUAAGGAUCAUUAUUAGUAUAAGUUAAUGGUUGGGUUAA